CUCGGAGGUGGGUCAUAAAGGAUGAAAAGCUUGUUUCUCUACGCCCUUUACUAUGCUUUUAAAGGAAGUCUUAAAUUGAAGAAAACAUUGACACUUCUUGCUGACAAGCUCCAAGAAAUAGUUUAUGCUCUGCUGUCAUCAUGAGCCAUAACAUCAAGCAAACAUCUUCUCUCGGGGGAGGUUUUAAGGGAAGCAACCACAGUGGCAAUGUUUCACCAAGAAUCGCAAGGCUUAUCUCUGUUAUACAACCACAAGGAUUCAAGAAGGUCAAUCAUGAAGUCAUCAAUAAACCAAUAUCUGUCCAAGCACCAGCGACCAAAGGUACCCCCAUUAUCAAAAGCAAUCUCUUUAGUCAAAAAACUAUAUUUGGACGAAUCCACGGUAACUUUCCUAAAUUUAGCAGUGAAAAGAAGGAGAACUUGCUCACCACCAAUGAAAAGGGGACAAUGAAGAUACUAAAUGACCGACUGGCGUCAUAUCUUGAAAAGGUCCGUUCGCUAGGCCAAGAGAAUGCACAGUUGGAAAUGAAGAUCAGAGACUGGUAUGACACACAUAAACCCCAGUUGUUACCUGAUUUCAGUUUCUAUUUUGCAACAAUUCAAGAGCUCCAGAUGAAGGUAAGUAAAUAUAACAAUUUUAUGGAAAAUCAGUAAAGAAAUUGACAAAAAUUGUAUAGAUUAAAACAGCAUAGAAAUAUAAAAUGGUGAGAAAUACUAAAUUAUUCAAAUAUAUGCUAUGUUUUCAUUUUUUUGAUAAGCAAAGUAAAAAUAUAAAUAAAAUAAAUAUCAGCAAAUGCUUGGAAAUUUGAUUGGAAACUCAUUUUUGUUAGGGAAUUAGUGACAUAAUGAAUGAGCCUUUUUGACAGAUUCCAAAAAGUUUGGAAUCUGUCAAAAAUGGAUAAUUUACUACAUCACAAAUUUCAGAUUAAUAUACAAUUUAUUCAUGGUGUAUAUUUCAGCUAUUUAUUCAACUUUGCUAAUUUGGCCUAAACAUGCAAAUUCCCUGGUAAAUUCAUCAUUACUCCUGUUUAAGUAAAUACACUUUUUUGAAGCUUUUUUUUUUUGUUUUUACUGUGCUUUCAAUCACAUUAAUCUGUAAAAUGAAUCUACUGAAAGGUUCUCAAGACCUGUAUGGACGAUUGAUAAAUUGACUUAAAGAGUUACUACAAGCCAGCUGUAAUUGUUAUGAUGCUACGCGUACCCUGGUCAUGUUUCCCAAUAAUGGGGCAAACCAUUUAGCAAUGGUUAUCUCCAUUAACUUGGCUCUCAGGCUCCCUGCUGGUUAACUGAUGCACUACGAGCUUUUAAGAGCCACAGAAGCUGCAAGCCACUAUCAUCGCCAUUCAUUGGCUGAGAGUGUCAGCCAAUGACUGACAUUCGGUGCAAUCAAAUAUGCAUAAAAUUGACAUUAAUCAACCCAGAACUCCCCAAUGAUGUGAGAGAGGGGAAAUAUCACCUAAAAAAAAAGAAUUAGAGCAUAGCAAAAUGAUAGCAUGUUGUACGUGAAUACAAAAGAACGAAAACAGUAGGAAGUUUAUCUAUCUACUCAUAAAGUAUAUAUAGAAUACUGAAAUUAAUUUAAAAAAAAUAUAAAAUCUAUAAACACACAAAAACAGAUAAACAUUGGGAUUUUGGGGCAUAGCUGCUGUCCAUAGCCUUGAAUUUUAACCUCUUAAGGACCAAACUUCUGGAAUAAAAGGGAAUCAUGACAUGCCACACGUCAUGUGUCCUUAAGGGGUUAAAACAGUGUCACGACUGACAAAUUACACGAUUUUCUUCUUGCAAUGCCCAUAUCGCAGGUGGCCAUUAAUCAAUCAAUUACUGAGUCUGUUUUAUUCUGUGUGCUUCCAAUGCUUCUCUAUGUUCAUCUCUGCUAUAACUAAUGUGUCAACAUGAGUGCUUGCAUGAUUUUUUUUCUGUAUUGUUAUGCUUCCUCUGCUACUUGUUUUAUACUCACUUCCCUUUUUUGUUAAAACAUAGUACGUGUUUUAUAUGAAAAAAAGCAUAUUAUUAUAAUUUUUUUAUGAUAUAUACUCAAACUAAAACAAGGAGUCUGAUACAUUUCUAUAUUUCCUAGAUAUUGGAAUCAGCUGCCGAUAAUACACGGACUGCUCGCAGGGUAGAUAACGCGCGACUGGCUGCAAGCGACUUUCUAAAUAAGUAAGUCUUUCUGCAGUCAAUGUGAAGGAAAAAUAAAAAAGCGAACUAAAAAGAGACUUCUUUAAAGUGUGUUUUGUAAUAACUUUUAUAAUGUUAUCGGUGAACAACCUGAUUUGAUAAAAUGUAAAGUGGUAAAUUAAAUCUAUAACAUUUAAUGUUUUGUAUUUUUGGACCAGAACCACUAUGUCUUACAACCAUUGUGUUCUUUUUAUCACAAUGUAUAGUACAUAUACACCCAUUGAAUAGCGCUGCAGAAUUUGUUGGCGCUAUAUAAAUAACAUAAUAAUAAUAAUAAUAAUAAUAUGCAAAAUUUACAGUAUCAUCAAAAUGUGUAGAAAUCCACACAUCAUAUAUUUUACAUCAUAUAACAUCUGAAAGAUUUAAAAGUGUAAAAUGUAUUUAACAGCAAACAAAACAUAAAAUGUGAGCAAACUCAAUGAGUGUCUAGUUGGGACAAGUGAGAUUGCGAGACCGUGUUCAAUAUUUUUUGUACAAUUUCAAGGCAGUUUUAGGGGUGUUAUAUAUAAUUGACAAAUUAAGGACUUUCUGACUAGCUAUGGUCCUGAUGAUGCCAUUAUUUCCUCUUUGACAUCAAUGGGGAAUAAUUUUGCUUAUCAGAGUUAAUAGAUCAAUCGGAUGACUUAUCUAGUCAUACAAUUAAUUUACACACAUACAUAAAAGCAACAAACAGAUCAAAGAGAGAAUGAAUUUUUAUGAAUAACUGCAUAUGCUGUAAUAGGAUGUCAGACCUUAACUCUGCACACCUCCCAACAUUGGAAAUGGAUCAAGAAGGACACUUUAAUUAUAGGGGUGUAAGUGGAGGUAUGGCCAGGGACAUGGUUGUUCUCAGAUUUUUUUUGAUUUUUUUUUGGUGACAUUAAUAACAAUGUAUCUUAUUUACACAGACUGAUUUCUAAACAUAUUUACUGUAGUUUAAUGAUACAUUACCAGGGUCAGUGCAAGCAUCUUUGCCACCUUAGGCAAAAAACAAUUUACAGCCUUAUUCACUCCACCCACUCAUGCAGAUUGCAUGCACGCUGACUCAAGUAGACACACCCUGAAUAAUGCCGAUUGGCACACAUUGACCCAAGCAGACAGACACACAAGCACUGACCCAUGCAAACUGAUGCACACACACUGACUCUUGCAGACUGAUGCACACACACACUGACACAUACACACAUUGACUCAUGCAAACACACACUAACCCAUGCAGACACACACUGACCCAUGCAGACACACAAUGACCCAUGCAGACACACACAUUGACCCACACAGACCCAUACAGACACACACACUGAUCCAUGCAGACACACAGUGGCCCAUGUAGAUACACACACUGACCCAUACAGACACACAGUGAUCCAUACAGACAAACACUGAUCCAUGCAGACACACACACUGAUCCAUGCAGACAUACACACUGACCUAUGCAGACUCACACUGAUCCAUGCAAACACACGCACUGACCCAUACAGACAAACACUGACCCAUGCAGACUGACAUACACAAACAUACUGACUGAAGCAGACUAACACACAUUCUCCGACGCACACAUUACGAGGUUCCAUCUUACCUUUAUUGCAAAGAUCAGUUGGCCGUUCCUAUGUUUACCUUGCCUGUGCCCAUCACUUCCACUUUCAGCCACAUUUCCUGCACAUGUUCCCACCCACUUCUCCCCACGUACAGGGCUCUUGCCCUGCUGCCGCAACUGAUGUUUUGGAGGGAGGUCUGGCUGUGCAGGCUGAGGUGGAUGCAUCUGGACCGAUGUUCUACCAGGCGUGAGUAAGCAGCAAUGUAAGUGCUUCCUUGCACCUGGUAAAAUAGCUGGUGGCAUGCUCUGAAUAAGUAAUAAUUAAUCCAACUUCAUAGUAGGGCGACUGUGGUACAAACGAUCAUAAAGCCUCUACCAGCUCCCCCCCUUAAGCUGCACCCUUGGCGGCCACUUGAUUGGCCUGUAGUAAGUGACGGACCUGUACAUAACUGUGAGUAUUAUUGUUGUGGAGCUCUGUUAUACACCAACAAUAUUGAGCUCCUAGAAAAGAGGGACAGAGGAUUUUACACCUAAAAUAGGGACUGUCCCUUCUAAAUAGGGACACUUGGGAGGCAUAGUACAACAAUAGACUGUGAGCACCUCCACUUUCAUAAACCAUUAUUAUUUCUCUUUUUGGUGUCCAUAUAUUUGUACAGGUAUGAAAUGGAGAAGAAAUUAAGGAAGGAUAUUGAGCAGGACGUGAAGAAUCUGCACGAAGAACUGAACGAUCUCCAAAUAGACAUUCAACACCUGGAGAAACAAAGUCAAGAACAUGAACAAGAUUUGCUAGGGAUGAAGAAGAGAAACGAGGAUGUAAUGUAUACAGUCAAGAUGUCUGGAUAAGCACUGUCACUUAAAGGGACACUCAAGGGUGAAUAUAAAGUGGUUUUAUUUCAUAGACCACUUUAUAUGCAACAUGACUGAUCCUUUAAAGGGGAAUAGUCAUGUCUCAUGUUUUUAAAUAUUACUUAUCCUUAUUAGUGAUGUCCCGAACUGUUCGCGGAACGGUUCGCGAACGCCGCGGACUCAUCAUUGAGUAAACUUUGACCCUGUACCUCACAGUCAGCAGACACAUUCCAGCCAAUCAGCAGCAGACCCUCCCUCCCACACCCUCCCACCUCCUGGACAGCAUCCAUUGUGAAGCUGCAUUCUUAGUGAGCUGUCCAGGAGGUGGGAGGGAGGGUCUGCUGCUGAUUGGCUGGAAUGUGUCUGCUGACUGUGAGGUACAGGGUCAAAGUUUACUCAAUGAUGGCGAACAGUUCGGGACAUCACUAAUCCUUAUAUUUAGCAAAUAUGUAUUUCUGAGGCAUGAAAGAUACAAUUAAAUGUAGAAAUUCACGCCACUUUAUCUUGCAAUUGGGCGCCUCCAUCUUAGCUCCCUUCUAUCAUUAUUAUAAGUUAUAUUCUUUGUACCUAGUCAUCAGUUUAGAGAAAGCAUAGUAGAAAGAGUAGAGGAGAAAUUAAACAAGAUUCAUAUUUCUUCUCUUCAUUCGUAAUGUUUGCCUUAAUUUAAAAAGACACUCCAAUCACCAAAUCAACUUUAUCUAAAUGAAGUUGAUAUGGUGCCAGGAGGCCCCUGGGGCAACUCUUGUUCUCACCCAAUCAGUGACUCCCCAUUCACUAAACUGGCUUGGAAUUUUUUUUUUUUUUUUUCAAAGCUAGUUUUGUGAAUGGGCACCAUAACAACUUAAUUUAGAUGAAGUUGUUUUGGAACCUGAAGUGUGCCUUUAAGGGUAAACUUGAACUGAAUCAAAUUAUAAUGUAAUUUGAUUAAUCUUAUUAUAAAUUAAAAACAAAAUGGAACCAUCUCAAGCAUUUGUCAAUGGUGUCAGUUUCAGAGAAGUGACAAUUCUCCUUUAAUAUGUUUGGUCUGUAUGUAUAAUAAUAAUUGGUUAAACUCCUUCACUGCCCAAUUAUUUAGUGUUUCUUUUAGUUUUUUUGUUUUGUUUUUUCACUACAAAACACAAAUAUUUGUAUAUAUUAUAUAUAUAUUUUCCUCUUUAUGUUGCCAUACAACAUAGUUUCAGAUUUAUGUAUGUAGGUCUUUAUUUAUUUAGUUGUAUGUAUUUAGGCUUUGGUCAUCUGGAACGUAAAAGUGUGCGUGUUUGGCUAUAUGUAUGUGCCUAUGGCCAAGGGUUCUGUGUAUCGGAAAACACACUUUCAUAAUGUACAUUUUUUACAACUGUUAAAUUUUCGGCAUGCAUUUGUAAAUCUGUUGUCAAGCCACCUCAAAUAAUUUUUUAGAGAGCAAAUUUCUAGGAUUUAAGUUUGUUGACCAUUGAUCUUUAUGACAACAGAAGAACAAUAUGAUAAACUGAAAAAUGGUUUCCAAAAAAAUGCAACAAUUUAAUUUAUAAUAAAAAAAUCUUUAGGUAGAACGAACUUCUGUUCAUUGACCUAUAUUUUUUUCUAACACAUUUUUAUUAUUUUUUUUUUUAAAUGUUCAAAUGUGAUGGUAGGUGGUGAAGAGUCUAUAUGGUCAGGUCGGAGCCCGAAUCAAUGUGGAAUUAGAAAUGACUCCAGCUGUGGACCUGAAUAAGCUCUUGUCUGACAUACGAGAACAGUACGAACAACUUAUGGAGAACAACAAAACAGAAGCUGAAAAAUGGUUUAUUGAAAAGGUGUGCUAGUAUUCUUUAUUUUAUCUGAUGGAUGAUAGGUGAGACAGACAUUACAGGUGCUUCUUAUUAGAGUCCUGCAAUCUAUGCAGGAUCAAAGUUUAGUGUCAGCAUGUUCCCAAUAUAGAUAUAUUGGGAUUAAUGCAUCUAUAUGGAUUUGUGAAGCACGUCGAUAGCCCUGCAUGUGCAGUAGCGUCCCAGUGCUUCUCUAUGGGAAAGCAUUAGAUUGGCUGGGAUCAUCAGUAAUGACUAGUUAACAGUUGGAUUAAAGAGAACCUUUCAUGGAAAAAAUGCCUUACCUGGCCCUCCGUUUCCCUGCGGAAAACUCAUUGAUGAGGUGGGCGUUACACUUUUGCAGCACCCACCUCUAGGUCCAUCCACACUCAUCUUCUGUUCUUUGCUGACUUGCCCUGUUUGGGGACAUUUCCCCAAGAUGGCAAACUUCCUCCAUGAUGAUGACAUGCUGGCUUCAUUGCUAGUGUGCUGGUGUAUGAACGGAGUGACAUCACUCCAUUCCUAUACUCACUAGAUAGUGGUAGCAGUACCAGCUAGAGAGUUACAAUAGUAACCACAGUUCAUGCACUGUCGUUGCUAUGGGUGGAGGGCAGAGGCACCAUCUGUGGAAGCUCUCUUCUGCUCUCCCUGUCCCCCAAUUCCUUGGCAUUCAGUAUCUAAUGGGAGAUUUUUAAACAGGGUUUUCUCCAAAUCUCUACAUUUGCUAACAAAACUGCUAGCACAAUGUAUAGAUGGAAUUUUAAACUUUUUUGUGGGUACCAUGACACGUCCCCUAUAAAAGUGAGCAAAAACUUAGUUUUUUAAAUUGUUUAAAGAGGCACAUUAACCUAAAUAGGCAAAAGUAAUCCCUAAAUUUCAAAAUUUAUAUUUCUGUUGUUUAAGCAGUCAUUUGCAUAGCUGUGACCUUGUUUCUAUAUUUGAGACAAUUAAAUUAUGCUUUAGGUUUGCAGACUGCAGAAGACCUGUUGGGUCAACUAGCUUGCCAAUGUUUUACCUAAGUAUUUUUCAAAUGUAGAAAUGGAUACAUUCAUAGUCUUUGUUUUCUUCAUUUAAAGAGUUCGCAACUUCAAAGUGAGGCUGGUAACGACUCAUCUGAACAUAUAUCAACACUCCAUAAUGAGAUCAUUGAACUGAAAAGGAUUGUUCAGACCUUGGAGAUAGACAGACAGAGUCAAAUGAGCAUGGUAUGUUUCCAAACUUGUUAAACAUUUAAUGAAAAUGAAUUAAAUAUAUCUCAGGUAAUAUGAAGUGCAUAUUAUGUCGAAGAAUACAAGAAGGAACUUAAAAUCGAUUGAUAUAGUUGCAUGCCUACUAGCAUUAGACUCAGUCUGUGCUCGUUGGUCAUAGUAUCGAUAGUCAAGAAGUCAUCAACAUAUAGACACACUUUUAGAAGGAAUGGACUUGCAGUGAUUCAAACAAGGCGGUUGAGCAGAGGUUCACGUUUUAUGGCCAACAGAACUUCCACAUUCCAAGCACUGUAAUUUGCUCCAAGGAGUGAUGUAUUAAACCCAUCUCACUGCCACGCAUCAUAUUUGCAGGGUACCAUUCAUGCCUAUUUUAACAUAUCUUCUUUGGAAAGAUCAUAGAAUGCUGUCUAUACAUUGUGUUAGAAAAUUAAUAGAUUGAGAGAAAAUCCUAUUUAAAAAUAAGUCUUCCCUACACCUGUCAGUCAAUUAUUUGGCAAAAACCUCAUGCCGAUGAAUUGACUGCAAGGGGAAGCAAAAAAGAGCUCCCACAGGUGGUACUUCUGCUCUCCCCACAUAUCAACCACCAAACAUGCACUAUGGCUGCUAUGGUAAAUCACUAGCCGAUGUUGCCAGUAAAGGCUAGGGAGUAUAGAAACAGUACAUUUUAAAGUAAACUUGCAAGACCCUAAGACGGGAUAAGACAAGUCUAUGUUUGCUAGGAUAUUUAGGGGUUAAUGAGAACCUUUCCCAUUAGCAAAUCAGAUCAUCUUUAACCCCUUAAGGACACAUGACAUGUGUGACAUGUCAUGAUUCCCUUUUAUUCCAGAAGUUUGGUCCUUAAGGGGUUAAGAGGAAUAGAAUGUGUUUUGACCUUGUAGUCCCAGACACUAAAUGACAAAGAGAAAAAUGGUAUCUAUGAUGUAGUCUGUUCGCCUUGCUUCUUUCAGCACGGGUACGGGAGAUCCUUUCGAACAAAAUAGCGAAAUAUCCUGAAUUUCAAAAGUCCCUUUAGAAGGACAGAAUUUUAUGAAGUAUAUGAGCCAGAGCUACCUAAAAAAAAAUAAAAAAAUAAUAAAUUGCUGUUGGCGAUCUUAGGUAGAACCUUAACAUGUUUAUAAUGUUGAAGUAAACCAAAACAAAAAUAAGAAAAAUUUCAAAAAUAAGGAAUGGUUAAUCUGUCUUUCUACAACCUGAAUAUUGAAGAAGACAUCCACUAGAUUAUAAUUUUGCUGUGGAAAACUUUGCUGUAGAAGUAUGUAUCUGUAAAUAUAUUACAUAGUUCAGGUAAUUUUUGACCAUAUGUCAGUUUGUUUAAACUCUCUUCUUUUGUAUAUUGCUAAAAAUUUCUAUGAAUGAAACAUAUUCAUCACACAAUCCAUUUAAUUCAAUUUCAGAAUUCAGCCCUGGAAAACACCUUGACAGAAAAAGAAGCCAGUUACAGUUCCCAGUUGUCACAGAUACAAGGCACGAUACAUGACGUAGAAGACACACUUACACAGAUACGAGACAAGCAGAAACAACAGAGCUACGACUACAAAGUUUUACGAGAUGUGACAAUGCAUUUGGAGAGAGAAAUCACCACCUAUUGGAGUCUUCUGGAUAAACUGGACAUCCAGUAGGUGAACACUAGUAAUAUUGAUUAGAUUAUUGCAUUGAAGGAGUAUUGGGAAAGCUAUUCCCAACUGUAAACCAGAUAUCGAACUCGUGCAAGUAUUCCAAUGAUCAUUAGGAGAGUGAGUGGUUUCAUAUAGUAUUUCUAUGCAAUUUACUUUUCUCUAGCUACAUAACACCUGCUAUAAUACACUAUAUUUUCUUGCUUCUUCUAUGCUUUUGUUUACUGUAUUGAGUUCAUAUCAUGUUCCUUUUGUGAGGACAACCAUUAUUAAUGGGACUCUUUUCUGUAUGCAUAUUAAGCUAGACAAGAUAUUUUAUCAUGUGACCUAGGUACCAGAAUCACUACAGUUUAAUGCAAUGGUUCUGGGUAAAAGAGUCUGUAAACUGAGCUGUGUAAAUGAUACCUUUUUUGAAAUAAUGUAGUGUUUACAUCACUGCCUAACACCAUCUUUUUUGGCGUCCACUUGGACAGACAGUAGAGAGAGAGACAUCUUUGAUGCAGCCCUGCAAGAUGGUAGGGCUGACAUUCAGAGACUCCACUCUCUGCAUUGCGACCCGAAUGUUCCCCUACAGAGAUGCGCUGAGUUAGGUGCAGUUGGAGAUGUGGGGAGUUUGUCGCACAUGUGCUCCAACCUCCCAAUGCUUCCUUAUGGAAAAGCAUUGGAUAGGCUAAAAUCAUUAGUAUUGUUACCACAUGAGGAGAGGUGACUGUGCUGGGAGUGUCCCUUUAACAUUUUAAUUCUUAAAUAUGGUAAGAGGAAAAGUUUAUCUUUGGUAAAAUGUUUGCAUUACUUUACAGUGUUCCAAGACCUCCGUUACCUGAUAAUAUAGAAGGUAAGUUUGAGAAAAACAAUACAUAACUAAUAAUUAGACACAUUCAGCUUUCAAACUAUCUAUCUAUUUAUCUAUCUGUCCAUCCGUUUAUCAUUUUAAAAAAUACACGUACAUGCAAUGCUACUACUAGAAAGAAAUCUAUGUGAACUAAUAUAUUUUCAUUGUGGUUUAUUUUUCAGUUUUUCCAAAAGGAGUCAAAGUUCUAUCGAUCACGGAAGAGAUGGAAAGCAGAAAAAUCCUGUCUCCGCGAGACAAAUUUGAAAUCUAGAUUUUUUUCUGAGUAGCGCUAGUGGGCAUAACAAUUCACAAGUUCUACGGACCAGAGCUUCUCAUGUCAGCUUUCCAGGAAAUUGUGUUUACAAUUGCAUUUAACUGGCUUGUGAAAUAUAAGGAUAUUUAUUAAUCAUGCAGGCUGAGCCAUAAUAUAUUCAUAACUCAAUACCCUAUCAUAAAAGUGAACUACCUUCUUCAUAAGUUUAUCUUUGCAUUCUUUAAGUUUCAUAUAUUGUAUCAUGCAUUAUUUUCUGAAUUAGUUUAAUCAUUUUCAAUUACCAUAUUAUGAUUAUUAUUAUUAUUAUUAAUACUACUUAUUAGACGUGCAAACUUUUAAGUGAUCCAUAUGAAUAAAAUGCUAAUUGUAAAUGUCGAACAAAUCAAUCCCGAAAUUGGUGUGUUCAUAAACGAACCAAAUAGAAUUUUAGAAAUCGAUUUAUUGAACAAGUACCAGGCACUUUCGUAGUUAAUUUUUGCACGUCUACUAUUUAGACACUACCUUACUAUAUUACAUAAUUAAAUCUCACACGCAUUCUUCUGUAUGAUUCAAAGUUACCAUGGUAAGAAUUUAUAUUUUUAUUUGUCAAAUACGAUUUAAUCAAUAAAGUAAUUACCAUAUUAUUUAAUUAUAUAUUCAAUAUAAAACAUUUUGCAAUAAUGCUGCAAAACAGCCCAGGGUCAUGUAUUGUGGCCAAAAGAACUAAUUUUUAGGACUUCGCAAAAUUACUAAAAAUACUGAAAUUUUAAAUGCAGAAACAUACUAAAUUUCAUCACGUUGAUUUUUUUCUUCAAGGCAUUUUAUCUGCUUUUAGUCCUACAGAAUUUAUAUUGAAAUUAGUUUAUUUUUUAUUCUGUAAGUUCUGGGUGGAAUCUUAAAACAAAGAUAAAGAAAAUGUUGUCCCAGUCCUACCUUUGAGCUCCACAGGGUAGGGAUUGGUGUUAAGUCAGAGAUGAAGGCAGAAUGCAGAAAUCUGCUCACUUAUUUUCCACAAUGUGACAGCAAACUGGGUGCCGAUUCAACAAAAUGUUUGAUUGAGAUGGAAUAUGAAAUGUUCAUCAUCACUGCUGGACAUUCCCAGCACAAAUAAGCUAGUAAAGUACAUGUGUAUGUUUGUGCAUAAGUGUGUCUGUAUGCGAUUUUCAUCCCAAUGACCCAUAGGCAGAGAAAGUACAGGUAUCCCGACUUCAAAAAUUGAAGGUAUUGAAUGUUAGGCAUGGGUGCAAGUUAGGCAGCGUUUAUGAAAAAAAUUAAGGAUUUUGCUAUAAAAGUGCAUUGAGUUUUACCGACCGUGGGCCGAGUUUACCUGAACAUAGGCUUGAGAGUCACAUUAUUUUUGUCUUUCCAACAGACCAGGAAAAUUGGGGAUUUAGGCAGUUUCUACCAUGCCUUUCAAUAAAUCUUAAUGUGUGCAUGUGUGUGAAUGUCCACUGUAUGUGUUUUUGUAUGUGGAGUCAAAAAAUCAAAACAUAAAUAGUAAGGGAUGUUGUAUCUAUCCUUUAGAUUUAAACUGCGUUAUUUUUAUAUUUAAUGGUGUUAAAUUGGCUUGGUAGCCCCCAUGGUUCUUGCAUAAGAUUUAACCAACAGACUUUUUAAGAAUAUAACAUUGACAUUAAAUUAGCCUAGAGUUACAUCAACAUAUGUAUAGACAAAUUAGAAUAUGUUUCAUAUUAACAUACUUGUGAAUAUGUGCGUAAAUGUAUAUGAUUUUGCAUGUAGAGCUAAAUUAUCAAGACUACAUUAUGUUUAAUUAUGUCAAUUGCAUGGGGGUGUUUGAUUAAUCCUGAAAACAGCCAAAAUAAAGUGUUCUAUCUAUAAUCUGCCUCUGUGGCUCAACUAGCCUAUGAUUGCUAAAAUGUCUUAAAUAAAAUGAGACUAAAAUUACAACAAA